CUUUGGAACUCACAGAAGCAUGGCUGCGCGCUAAACGAGCGUGAUUAGUGAACUUUCGGCAGGUGAUGAGGACGACGGCUGCUCAUGCAAAGUGAACGCUGCAGUCAGCGAAAAUGCACAGAAGAGAUUUUACGGCUUCGCUUGUGGCAGGUGGCAUUGCGGGCAUGUGUGUUGAUCUCGUGCUGUACCCACUAGACACCAUUAAGACAAGACUGCAGAGCCCUCAAGGAUUUUUCAAAGCUUCUGGUUUCCGAGGAAUCUAUGCUGGCGUUCCUUCAGUUGCUGUUGGGUCUUUUCCCUCUGCUUCUGCAUUUUUUGUCACCUAUGAGUAUUUCAAGUCUGCCUUGAGUACUUUUACUCCUCCAUACCUGAACCCGGUUAUACACAUGGUUUCAGCUUCACUCGGAGAAAUGGUCGCCUGUGUUAUCCGAGUCCCUACUGAAGUUGUAAAACAACGGACACAAGCGAGCCCCUCCACCAGCACCUACAGAAUUCUCCUUUUAACACUGCGAGAAGAGGGCUUUUUGGGUUUAUACAGAGGAUACUCCAGUACAGUACUUAGAGAGGUGCCGUUUUCCUUGGUGCAGUUUCCAUUGUGGGAGUUUUUAAAAGGCCUGUGGUCAUGGAGACAGGGUCAUGUGGUGUAUUCUUGGCAGGCCGCAGUGUGCGGAGCGUUUGCAGGUGGCAUGGCGGCCGCAGUCACCACUCCCUUAGAUGUGGCAAAGACCAGAAUUAUGCUGGCAAAGGUUGGCACCACUGAAGCCAAAGGAAAUGUGACAACAGUGCUGUACAAAAUCUGGAGGACAGAAGGACUGUCAGGGUUGUUUGCUGGCAUUGUCCCACGGGUGGCCUGGAUCAGUUUUGGAGGGUUCAUUUUCUUGGGUGCCUACGAGAAGGCACGCAGCUUGCUGCUCUAGAGAGAGCCCAUCUGUGCUCCUGGAUGGGACGCUCGUCCACGCUAUGGUAGAAGUCCUCGAGAGAGGUGGAUUUUUUUUUUUUAAUGUAUGUAGAGAGAUUUCUUGUCAAGUUGAAAUGUCACAACAGCACCCGACACAGUGACACCAAGAACUAGAAACAUUUUUAAAACUUGAUCAGCAUUUGUAACAAGGGCCACCUCAGGGUCUUCAGGAGGACGGACUCGUCAUUCCAUUACUCGGGUUAAACCCUGGACUGCUGCAUGUGCAGGUAGAAGACCAUCAACAGGGGACAGUUGUUAUGCAGUAAGUGACACCUUUGUUAUUAAACCUGCCCAGUCCAUCUCCAGUGACCUCGGGUACAACACAAGGGCUACUACCCUCCCUGUCGAGUCACGUCAUCUCAGACAGUUGGGUAAAACAAAAGUAGGGAAUGAUGGGAGGUGCAGAGAUGUUCUGGGCCUUUUUGAAUUCAAGCUUGAUUUAGGGCUAGGGGUCUUAGCAGCAUCCCAUGUAUUCUCCAUGCCAGCUGUGAGUGAUGUUUGCAAAACUUAGAAUGUGCAUAAAGAACAACACGGCCACUGCGAGAGCGGUCAUUACUGGUCAUCCAAGGCUCCUGGCUGAUGGCGAUAACCAUGAAAAUCAACCUCACCAGCUGAUACCCUUUGUGAAAUAUGUUUGUGGCAGGAAUACACUUUCAUACAAGCACAGAAUGGACUUGGCUAAAGGUGGGCCCAGUGCCCAGUCGCUCUCACCUCCAGCUCUGCCAUCAGACCCUUGGCACCCACUCUGUUUGGUUUUACAGGGUUGAUGUGGGAGGACGGCCAGGAUUUAGUCUUUAAUUAAAUAAUCAGUUGAAGCUCUGGAUGCUUCAAAGGUUCCUUACUGAUACCAAACACCGUAAGCAGCUCUCGGGCUGAGCCGCCACCCGAUUGAAAUGCAGGAGUUUAACUCCGUUAAGUUACUCAGUCCAUCCUGGCAACUAAUUUGAAUUGUGCUGAAUUACACUGAAGGGUCAACACGUCAGCUUAAAGUAAAACUCUGUUCAUGUAAACUACUUCUCCUUUCGAGGAUAAGCCACACAGGCACCAUGGAGUGGGAUUGAAAUCCACCGUGUUGGACAUUUCACUUGACCCUGCUGGCUUCAUGCAGACCACCAGUUCACCUCCCUUUGCUUUUUAAAUGGCAGCGUGGGACACAAGAUCUGAGCUGAUCACACAAAGCAGGAGUCGUCUGGAAGUCCUGACAAUUCCUAAUUAGCCGUGGGCUGGGACUCCCUGAACUGAUAUUCACAGAAUUCAUGGAAAAAUGUACAACGUUAGAAAGAUGAAAGUCAGGGAAUUAAGUUCUGUUCUCAGCAAAAAUUGCCAUCUGACUAAGAAACAGGCCUUCCUGGACCAAACUGGAGUGCCAUACCACACACAGGGCUUCACGCCACGCCACCGAGCACAGAGUCCUGCUGGGAUUAUAAUAAUAAUAUUAAUAAUAAUAAUAUAAUAUAUAUACACACACACUGUAAGUACAGUUAUUAGGCUAUGUCACUUACUCAGUCUGCUUGUAGACACUGAAGAGGAUCAUCGCCAUCGCUUUGUGUCAAGUCAUCAGGCCGACGGCUGGACCACCAGGGUCCCGGUGUGUUUUAUUAAACAAAGAAGAGACCGAGGCCGGCGGGCGUUUCACUAAAUGUUUUAUUUUCUGCUCCUCUGCUCAUUAACUGAAUGUUAAACACCAAUAGUUUAAAUUAUGUAUUUCAAGUGCAAAAAGAGUCUUAGGACUUGGUGUGCUGAUGAUCUUGUUAACACUUUGUGGAUUUGCAUCCCUAAACUGUGACGAAUGUGGAAUCGCGUUGUUCAAGUCGAUUUUUUUUUUAAUCAUAAGGCACCAGACAAGGGUUUGCUUUUUUUCCCUCCUCUUCUUCAAUAAGAAAAAGAACCACCGCAAAGGCAAAAAGUUUUAAAAACUCUACAUUCUCAUUCUGUUAUUUCUGUAAUGAAUAAACAUUAAAAUAUCCGCUUUUAUGAAAACUCUUCUGUACAUCCCUAACAAUAAACUCUCUUCAUGCUCAAACGCAA